CGCAAACUGCUGAGGGUGGGAGGGCUUUGCAUAAUAUUUCAGUUUUAUUAGGAAGUCAAUCAAUUUUCCCCACAUUAUUUCGAUUCUCGUCACGACGUUCAGAGCUAACUUUAUUUUGUUUGGAAGACGUUCAACUCACAUCUCGAUAUGAAGACUGUUUUGAUUUUGAUAUUGGCAUUGGCCGUGAGCCGUUUUGAGGCAAAACCUUUUGCACCAAAAGAAGGGAAAAGUCUUGAGAGUUGGUACGACCUCAUGAAAGAUAUCGAUGAACCUACUGAGACUGAAUCCGAAAAAGUUACAUCUGAAGAGGACGCACCAGUUGAAAAAACAUCCGAGGAUGAAAAAAUGCCUGUGGAUGAAGCCCCAUCUGACGAAGAAGGACCAUCCAACGCUGAAGAACAAUCCAGUGAGGAAACACAAUUCGAGGAUGAAGAACAAUCUGAAGAUGAGGAAGAAAUACCAUCUGAAGAUGAAGAAACACCAUCUGAAAAUGAGGAAGAACUAUCUGAAGAUGAAAAAGAAAGACCAUCUGAAGAUGAGGAAGAACCAUCUGAAGAUGAGAAAGAAACACCAUCUGAAGAUGAGGAAGAAUCAUUUAAAGACGAGGAAGAAUCAUUUAAAGAUGAGGAAGAACCAUCUGAAGAUGAGGAAGAACCAUCUGAAGAUGAGGAAGAACCAUCUAAAGAUGAGGAAGAAACAUUUAAAGAUGAGGAAGAACCAUCUGAAAAUGAGGAAGAAGCAUCUGAAGAUGAGGAAGAACCAUCUGAUGAGGAAGAACCAUCUGAAAAUGAGGAAGAACCAUCUGAUGAGGAAGAACCAUCUGAAGAUGAGGAAGAACCAUCUGAUGAGGAAGAACCAUCUGAAGAUGAGGAAGCACCAUUACAAGAAUUUGAUGAAGAAGCAGAUGAUGAAGAAAAUGAACCUCUUUUUCAUGAUGAUGAUGAUGAUGAGUCCAAUAACGCCAAUGUAGAAUCGGAAAGUAAUCCAGAAUUUGAAGACUCUGACUUGGAGAAAGAAUACCAAGCUUUGACCAGUGACGAUGCUCCUGAAAGUGAUGAAGAAAACGAUGAAGAAUUCGAAGGAAAGUUUGAAGAUGACGAGAUAGCCAAAGAAUUGAAAAACAAUAAAGAUGAACCAUCUGAUGAAGCGCCUUUGGAAAACGAAAACUCUGAUGAGACAUCUGAAACAGAAGGUGAAGCUCCUGCUGCUGUUGACAAAGAGGAUGACAGCGAAGAGAUUAAAAAUUUGGAUGUCCUUCCAGAGAAAUCUGCUGAUACAGUAGAUGAGACAACUGUGGAUGAUCAAUCCAAUAUUGAUAAACCUGCUGAUGAAACAAGUGAAAGCAUCGGUACUCUUGAAAAGGAAGAAGAUGAAAAUAAUCCUGAUCUUUCAGACAUCAUCACUGAACAAAAGUAAACGUCAAGAUGCACAUUCAGGAUCUUCUGGGAAACUUUCAUACUUUGUAGAAUAGUCUUAUCGUAAACUCACUGUUAUUUCAUUUUUUUUUGUCUUUUUCUUGUUAACUAGAAAAUAAUAUUAAAUGUGCACUUUUUUCUAAAUAUAACUGAUAUUGUCUUGUCCGGAAA